GCCGUAAGUGGCGGGCGGAAGCAGCCCGCGAGGCCAGCCGUAAAAGGCCCCUCACGCCACUUCCGGCCGGCUUCCGCAGACGGCCCUGGUGGGCGAUCGUGAGGCGCCGGAGGACGUUCCCCGCUGCCGGAGCCAUGGAGAUGCCGCUGCCGCCCGACGACCAGGAGCUUCGAAAUGUCAUCGACAAGCUGGCCCAGUUCGUGGCUCGGAACGGGCCCGAGUUUGAAAAGAUGACGAUGGAGAAGCAGAAGGACAACCCGAAAUUCUCGUUUCUAUUUGGUGGCGAGUUCUACAGUUACUACAAGUGCAAAUUGGCGCUAGAGCAGCAGCAGCUCAUCUGCAAGCAGCAGGCCCCAGAGCUGGAGCCGACCACGGCCCUGCCACCCCUGCCACAGCCCCCGCUGGCCCCUGCUGCGCCCAUCCCGCCAGCCCAGGGAACCCCGUCCAUGGACGAGCUCAUCCAGCAGAGCCAGUGGAACCUGCAGCAGCAGGAGCAGCACCUGCUGGCCCUCAGACAGGAGCAGGUGACGGCAGCCGUGGCCCACGCGGUAGAGCAGCAGAUGCAGAAGCUCCUGGAGGAGACCCAGCUGGAUAUGAAUGAGUUUGACAACCUGCUGCAGCCCAUCAUUGACACCUGCACCAAAGAUGCCAUCUCGGCCGGGAAGAAUUGGAUGUUCAGCAAUGCCAAGUCCCCCCCGCACUGUGAGCUGAUGGCCGGCCACCUCCGGAACCGCAUCACGGCUGAUGGGGCGCACUUCGAGCUGCGGCUGCACCUCAUCUACUUGAUCAACGACGUGCUACACCACUGGGCCCUGACGCGCGGAAGGUCUCUCCCUCACAGCCAGCGCAAGCAGGCCAGGGAGCUGCUGGCCGCCCUGCAGAAGGUUGUGGUGCCCAUCUACUGUACCAGCUUCUUGGCUGUGGAGGAGGACAAGCAGCAGAAGAUCGCCCGGCUCCUGCAGCUCUGGGAGAAGAACGGCUACUUUGACGACUCCAUCAUCCAGCAGUUACAGAGCCCGGCCCUGGGGCUCGGCCAGUACCAGGCAACCCUCAUCAGUGAGUACUCCUCGGUGGUCCAGCCGGUGCAGCUGGCUUUCCAGCAGCAGAUCCAGACCCUCAAGACCCAGCACGAGGAGUUUGUCAACAGCCUGGCCCAGCAGCAGCAGCAGCAGCAGCAGCAGCAGCAGCAACAGCAGCAGCAGCAGCAGCAGCAGCAGCAGCAGCAGCAGCAGCAGCAGCAGCAGCAGAUCCAGAUGCCACAAAUGGAAGCCGAAGUCAAGGCCACACCGCCGCCGCCUGCCCCGCCCCCGGCCCCCACGCCUGCCCCGGCCAUCCCGCCAACCUCCCAGCCUGAUGACAGCAAGCCUCCCAUCCAGAUACCUGGCUCUUCUGAGUACGACGCCUCAGGAGGGGUCCAGGACCCUGCCGCCACGGGGCCCCGGGGCCCUGGGCCCCACGACCAGAUCCCACCUAACAAGCCCCCGUGGUUUGACCAGCCUCACCCUGUUGCUCCUUGGGGCCAACAGCAGCCUCCCGAGCAGCCCCCGUACCCGCACCACCAGGGCGGGCCGCCCCACUGCCCACCCUGGAACAACAGCCAUGAGGGUAUGUGGGGCGAGCAGCGCGGGGACCCCGGCUGGAACGGCCAGCGUGACGCGCCCUGGAACAGCCAGCCCGACCCCAACUGGAACAGCCAGUUUGAGGGCCCCUGGAACAGCCAGCACGAGCAGCCACCCUGGGGCGCAGGCCAGCGUGAGCCGCCCUUCCGCAUGCAGCGGCCACCGCCCUUCCGUGGGCCCUUCCCGCCCCACCAGCAGCACCCGCAGUUCAACCAGCCGCCGCACCCGCACAACUUCAACCGCUUCCCGCCCCGCUUCAUGCAGGACGACUUCCCCCCGCGGCACCCCUUCGAGCGGCCGCCCUACCCGCACCGCUUCGACUACCCCCAGGGGGACUUCCCUGCUGGUCUGUCAGGUGCUGCGGUGGGUGCAGGACAGGCCACUCCGAGCCCCGGCCCCCCGCCCCCUCCUCGCUGCAUCUCCCCGAGCAAGAUGGGCCCUCCUCACCACCACCCCGGCCACCGCAUGCCUCAUCCCGGGAUCAACGAGCACCCGCCUUGGGGAGGGCCCCAGCACCCCGACUUCGGCCCUCCUCCCCAUGGCUUCAAUGGGCAGCCCCCUCACAUGCGACGACAGGGCCCUCCCCACAUCAACCAUGAUGACCCCAGCCUGGUCCCCAACGUGCCCUACUUUGAUCUCCCUGCUGGGCUGAUGGCCCCCCUCGUGAAGCUGGAAGACCAUGAGUACAAGCCUUUGGAUCCGAAAGACAUCCGCCUCCCACCCCCCAUGCCACCCAGCGAGCGGCUGCUGGCCGCUGUGGAGGCCUUUUACAGCCCUCCGUCCCACGACAGGCCCAGGAACAGCGAAGGCUGGGAGCAGAAUGGCCUCUAUGAGUUCUUCCGAGCAAAAAUGCGGGCCCGGCGGAGGAAAGGCCAGGAGAAGAGGAACAGCGGACCCUCAAGGUCACGGAGCAGAUCCAAGAGCCGAGGGCGCUCCUCCUCCCGCUCCAACUCAAGGUCCUCCAAGUCCUCCGGCUCGUACUCAAGGUCAAGGUCUCGUUCCUGCUCCCGUUCCUACUCUCGCUCCCGAUCCAGGAGCCGCAGCCGAUCUCGCUCCUCACGAAGCCGCUCCCGUUCCCGCUCCCGCUCCCGCUCCAAGUCCUAUUCCCCCGGAAGGAGACGUCGGUCCCGGUCCAGGAGCCCCACCCCGCCUUCCUCGGCUGGUCUGGGUUCUAAUUCAGCACCUCCUAUACCUGACUCAAGGCUUGGGGAAGAGAACAAAGGACAUCAGAUGCUGGUGAAAAUGGGCUGGAGUGGAUCUGGUGGCCUCGGCGUGAAAGAGCAAGGGAUCCAGGACCCCAUCAAGGGGGGUGAUGUCCGGGAUAAGUGGGACCAGUACAAGGGCGUGGGCGUGGCCCUGGACGAUCCCUACGAGAACUACCGCAGGAACAAGAGCUACUCCUUCAUCGCCCGCAUGAAGGCCAGGGACGAGUGCAAGUAGGCGCGCCUCGGGCAGGAGCCGCGCCAGGGGCCAGUCACACGGGCUGGCGGGACCUUCCCGGCUUACUGGCAGUGGAAGAUGGUAGGGACAUCUCGGUUCUCACACGCUGCUCCACCUUGGGGAGCGAUAGGAGAGAAGGAAGACUGCAGCAGGCGUGACCAGUGCUUGACGGCGUGGAAGGCCCAGGCCCCACCCGCAAACCAGCUCUAAUGUAGAAGUAAGAUUCACGAGGAGGUGUCCGGCGAAAGCAGCCACGAGCUCAUUUCCCUUGACAGUGAAGAGAGAAACACAAGACUCCCAGAGAAGGAUGCCUGGCACCUGAAGGAACAGCUGCCUCGCAUCUCCCCUCAGAUCCGAGCCUCUUAAACCAGUGCGAGUGUGCGGAGGGGCCCUUGGCGAGCACGCCAGCCCGCCGGGGACUGGGUGCCGAGGGGCCGGCCCUCCCACUCUCUCCCAUGGGUUGUGUGUGAGAAGGCUCAGGCCAGGCGCUGGUAACUGCUCACUCUUUAAAAGUGGAAAAACAAAACCGUUUUGAUUUGCAAAGUUAAACAGGGUUUUCAUUUUUAUUCCAAAUGGUUUAGUUUUAGAAAAAAGAAUACUGAUCUAGGCUGAUCCCCAGUGAGGUAAUUUGAAGCCUGACUCCUCUGAGACAUACUGGCCACUAGUUCAGUUAUUUUAGCUGUUUGAGUUUUUUUGUUUUGUUUUGUUUGAAUGUUCGCCAUUUGCUGUUACCUGCAGAAACAAAAGGUUCUAAGGAAGCCAACCUGAGGCAUCUUCAGAUCAUGGAAUGACACCGCCCUCGGAGGAUUUGUGCCCUUAGCGUCUCUACUUGUGUUUUUCACUUAGAGGAACCCCCACACCAGCACUCACAUGCGACGGCCCAUUCGCAUCCAGGGUGUGGAGAGUGACCACUGGCCCCGCCUCCUGCUCUGUCACUUUGCCUGUCCCCACCCAGCCCUAAAGGGAGGGGAGGCGGAGGGAGCCGUCUCUGCCGGGAGCCCGGGGUAACCGCCGGGAUUGGCCACACUUGGCUGGCAGCUUGGUGCGGUGCCAUUUGUUUGUACAGAAACAUUUUUGAAAAAUUCUUUUCAAUAAGACACAAAGUCCUCUCCAACUUUUCAACCUGAUGUGAUAAAAUAUUUGAUUUUGUUCUAGGUUUCCUGUAGCUGUGAAUUGUUCAAAUGUGUCUGAUUCAGGAUCAAAUGUAAACAUACGUUGUUAACAAUUUCUUGUGGAUUUUACUGUUUUGCCUUCAAAUAAAGACUUUUUUUAAA